AAGCAUUGAGGAAGCUAUGGUGAAAGAUCUCAAGGAGAUUUCAGAUGGAGAAAUCAAGAUAGCAAUUAGCACUGUGCACAUGACACUAGAGGACUGCCUAUUACACAGGAAUCUCGUUGGUGAUCUGAAAGCAUUCAUAUAUAAAUAUGGGUUUGAUGUACUUGUCAUUUUGGCCAACUCUUUGUCAGAUGAGGAACAAACAAAACGGCAAAUAGCAGUAUACUCGGAAAACUUAGAGCUAGGCAAUCAAAUUUGCUGUGAAUUAGAAGAAUGUCAAAAUCCUUGCUUGGAGCUGGAUCCACUGGAGUGUGGAUGUGACCAAAUUCUUAUUUAUCAUCAAGAAAAUUCUUUGGUUACCUGUGAUCAAAUUUUUCUUCUCAUUAAGGAAGUCAUGAAUAGAAGACAACCAGAAAUGGUAUCAAACAGUAGAACAUCUUCUACUGAAGCUGUUGCUGGGAGUGCUCCACUUUCACAAGGGUCUUCUGGUAUUAUGGAGUUAUAUGGUUCUGAUAUAGAACCACAGACCAGUUCUGUCAACUUUAUAGAAAAUCCUCAGGAUCUAAAUGGAUCCAUUCAAGUCCAUGUUGAUCUUAAUGUAGACCUUGUGAGUCCAGACAGUGGCUUGGCUACCAUUAGAAGCAGCCGGUCUUCCAAGGAGAGCUCUGUUUUCCUUAGUGAUGACAGCCCUGUUGCAGAAGGUGCUGUUUCCCAUCAUAGUCUUCUGCCUGGCUUUGAUUCCUAUAGCCCUAUUCCUGAAGGAGCAAUAGCAGAAGAACAAAAACCUCAAUCAAUAGGCAGCAGUGGUAACUUCGACCUUUUCAAUUUUGAUCUAGCACCAAUGGUUACAGCUCCAUCUGAAUCAUCUUCUCGUUCUGUUGACUGUUCUCCAACAGAUGACUAUUUCCUUAAUAGUGAUUCAUCAGAAGGUCAACAACUUGCUGUGCAGAAAGAACAUGAUGAAGCAAGCUUGCUAGAAAGUGAUACGGCAAAUUAUUCAACUGACUUAGUUAUGACAGCAAAGAAGGAAGACAGUUUAGCUGAAUUUGAUGUGAAUCCAGGAGAAAUGUUUGAGAAAACCUCAAGUUUGAUUAAUUUAGUUGAAGGUGAUACUUCCUCACCAGAAAUGUUGAAAUCUGCUGAUUCAAGAAUUCCACUGACUCCAAUGAACAGUCUUGUAGAAACCUCACCACUAGAUAAUGGGCAGCCUUUAUUUUUCCCACAAGAAGUCAUUAAAAAAAUAAAUGAAAUAGAGGACACAAAGUGUUCUCAUUCACGUGUUAGAUAUGGAAGCUGGUGGGAUGGCUUUGACUUAGAGUCCCGAAAUGCUGAUACAUGGAGUUCAAGUGAACAAGAAUCUGUAUUUCAAAGCCCUGUCUUGUGGAACAAUUGUAAAGCAAGCCCACUGCUACAAGGACAUGUUGAUAGAAGAGCAUCAGAUUCUAUAUUCCUCCAAAAACAGCCUGAGCAAAUGGAAUACGCAACAACAGCUCAGUGGAAUAAUCAGUUUAAACAAGAUAAUCAAAAACAAGAGAAAAAAGAGGUAAACGGUGAACAUUUGUGUUUGCAAACUGCUUCUUCAGAGGGGACAGAACAAGAAUCAGAGAGUUUUAAUGUUGCGUGGAAAAUCAGUCAGCCAACACCUGUGAUGUCAGAUGCAUGGUCCAGUGAGGAAGGGAAAGGAGACUCUUAUGAUGUCUGGAUGAAGUUUGAGGCAGAAAAUAUUGCUAGAUCCUCAGAAGAAGUAUGGAAUGUGUCCAGACUAGAUAGACAAAAAAAAUCAGUGAAUAUUCCUGAGAAAUGGACCAUAACAAAAUAUAGUUUAUCAGAUUCUUCAGAAAUUGUAGCAGACAGUGAGACUGAAAACUCAUCUACCCAGGUAUAUCUACAAGCCUGGGAUAAAAAAAGAUGUUAUUCCCUAGAAGAGAGUCAAUCAUCUGAAAAUACAAAUUCUGAUAUCAACAAUAUGCAGAAUAACUCCACAUUAGAAACAGAGAAAAAAACUCUAAUUCACGACCCUAAGAACAGACCAACACAAGUUGAAAAUGUAGAGACCUGGAAUAUGUAUGAUAAAAACAUCAGGAAAGAAGUAACAGAAAGAGUGGUGCCCUGGGAUGAUACCUUCUUGUAUAAACACUCAGAUCUUUGUUCAUCAAAUGUAGGUGAAGACUUAGCUGUUUCUCCACCGGACACCAAUUACUCAACGUCUGAUUCUUAUAUAUCACCUACAUAUGUGGAAAAUGGAAGAGAAAAUGAGGGCGAAGAUUUUGUCCAAGAAACAAUUACUGAUAAAUUGAUAAGCCCAAAUGUGGCUGAACCAAAAGCACUUGAGAAAGCAAAUAAUGAACUAUUGUCUCCUAUAAACAUGCCCUUUUCAAGAUCCAAGGACACAGACAUCUGGAGCACAUCCUUAAAUAAAGUUGAUGCCCAAUUACAAGAAAGAAAUUCGAACAGUACUGCUCUUUCUACCUCUGUUGAACUGUUACUUAAUUCAGAACGAGCAACAGAUCAGUAUUUUUCAACUGAGGUACAUACUAAUGAAAAUAUCUUUUCUGCAUCUGAAAACAAAAGAGUUACAUACAAUCAAACAGUGAAUGACUUAUCACCACCACAGAAUGAAGUAAAUACUGCACAAAGUUUAGCUGAAAAGAUAGAAGCAUUGAGCAGUGCUCCUGUAGAAGACACAAGGACAUCUACACCAACUUCAGAUGCUCAAAAUAGUUUGGAUCUGAAAAUAUGUGAUUUAGGAAAUGAGACACCGAGUAAGGAGCCAGCACAAAACACUCCAGAUGUUGAUGAAAAGUUGAAUAGUCAGCAUUUAGAGCAACAUCUUAACUUACGAAAUUUACAAAAUGAGCAGGAUUGUGAGGAAGGCUGGGACAAUGCCAUUGUCACCUCUCAGGAAAGAGAAGAGGAAUAUAAGAUAACAGAUGAGGCAAAUGGAAAACAAACUAUUACUGACAUUUGCAGCAAACCAGCAGAAGACAGCAAUGAGCCUUCAUGUAACACAGAUUCAGAAGACAAGAGGUCAAAAUCUGAGUUUUCUAGAUCACUAGAAAAAAUAAGGAGUAGUUUUAGUUUGGAAGCCUUAGUCACAGAUAAUGAGUCAACAAGUCCUGAGAUGGAAAGUAUCUUUGAAAAUAAUUCUUCUAAAAUGCCUGUAAAGUCAGACACCUGGAAUGACUCUGGAAAGAAUGACUCCAGUUGCCACUUACCUGUGUCAAUUCCCUUAAUGAAUGAGCCACCAGAAACAGUGGGAUAUAUAAUAGAGGGCUCACAUAAAGUGUUGAACCACCCAUACAUAAGUAAUUCUAAGUUAGUGUCUUUUGAAAAUAGCUCAGAACUGAGCACCACUCAUGAAAAUUUUUUCAUAGAUGAGUCUCCAUCUAAAUUUAAGAAGAGUCCUUCUGCUGGUUAUGUCAGUGUUCCUGACAUCACAGAUAUAUCUAUGAUGGAUAAUUCAUUUUCACAUUAUAUAGCUUUGGGGAAAAAUGAAAAUUCUGAAAAUUUAGAAUCUGCUGAUAAGCUAUGUAGGGAACUAUGUGCAACACUUAAUAACAGUUCUCCUGAAACUGCUUGGAAUUUACAGCAGCAUGAGGAUUUGAAAUCUCCUGGAACAAGUCCUGAAGCAAGUGAAAUCCAUGAAAUGGCAACCACCACAAGCAGCCUUUCAAAGGAUAUACAGAUCAGAAGUUAUUUGGAGGAAGAUAAUGUAUGGAGCGAUUCAAUAGAUGACUAUACACACUCAAGUGGAACGAGCCCUGAUUUAAGUGACGCAUCAGUGAAUGUGUGGGGAGAACUUCCAGUUGACAGUAAUCACAAAGAAAAUAAAGUUAUAUGGGAUAUUAAAAAUAAUGAAAAUCUUAAGGAGGCUUGCAAAAUCAAAGAAUUUGGGAAUAAAUAUCAGGAACAAUUUGAAACAAGCACAGCACAGAAUAAGGUUCCCAAAAGCUUAGAUUUUUGGAAUGCUCAUGUAGAUGAUGAUACUGUAUCUUCUUUAUCAAGUCCAGAAGUAAAUGAGGAUUCAGAGAAUUCAGAGGCAUGUCCAGAAGAACUGAAUGAAGAUUCCACAUAUGAAAACAAGGAGCACAAAUUAUCUGAAAUUGGUGCAGAUUAUGCAAAAUCAAAUGCAACAAAUCCUGAAACAAAUGAAGACAAUUUGGAUGCAAAAAAUGAAGUGGCAGAAGAGAUCUUUGUAGAUAUCUUAAAUAAAAACCCUGAAACAAUUGAAGUUCAGAAUGUAUCACAGGAGGACUUUAACAUAAUGGAGCAUAACGAGACUUCUGAAUAUUUAGAUCAGCGUGAAACACUUCAGAAUAAGGCUCAAGUGAGUCUUUGCAGCAAAAAACUGGGUAGCACAGAAGGUUCACAUUUGUAUCAGAUGAAUGCAGAUGCAACAAUGACUUCUGUUGGUGGUAAAAAAGAAGAAUACUUUGCAAAAAGUGAUAUGUGGAGUUUGUCAUUGGCAGUUGAUUUAGGAACUGAUUGGAAAUCCAGUGUAGGAACAUUUGAUUUUCCGUAUGACAGUUCAGGAUGGUGGAAUUCACCAACUUGUGGAGAAAACCUGUUGGAAGACCAGUAUUCGAUUUCAAGUCACUCUGUAACAUAUCAAGUAACAAACAAUAAGGAGGAGUCCUGUGGAUCACCUGCACAAAAUGAAGAGCUAACAGAAACACAUUCCACUGAACCAAAUGAUGGAAAUCAGCCUGUUCACCUUUACUAUGAUGUGAAAGAAAAUGAAAGGCUAUUAUAUCCUAUGAAUAUUUCUGAUAGUCAAGUAAAUGAAGACACUGUGGAGUUCAAACAAUAUGAUCCUUUUAUACUAGAUGACACUGAAGAAAGGGACUUGAAAGAACAGUUUUUCCCUACAAAUGAGAGUAGUCAACUGACUUCACAGAAUCAUUCUUCAUAUGAUCAACAAGAUAUGUCAAAUACAACGGAUCAAAAAAACACAGCACUUAAUCAACCAGAAGGGCAUGAGGGAAAUGUAAGUCUCAUCCCUUUAGAACAACAGUUAAACACUUGUGAAACAGUAGAACACAACCAUCUACCAUGUGCUUUCACUGUAGAAGACUUGUCUUUUGAAAUGGCAGAGAAGUCAAGUCCAAUGUGGAAUGUAUUGGUUUCCCAAACUGCACUUAUCCCAGAUAUUUUACAAGAUAACACAAAAGAGGAUAAUCAGUUGUUUUCAGUGGAACCUGACCUGUGGACUAGUGCUGAACAGCCUGUUACUUUGAAAUCAGUUAGUGAAAAUCCUGAUAUAUUAAAUCAUUGCGAGCAAGACAGUAGUUCUGAGGCAUCAAACAGUCCAGAUGUGUGCCAAGAAUAUGAAGUUAAGCAUGCCUCUAUUCCAUCUUCCCAGAUUAGUGUAAAACCUGAAGGACAAGAUAGUCAGAUGACUCACAUGCAUUCAAAUAAGAGUAAAGAGAUAGAUUCUGACACAAAGAGUCAGUUAGUAAUGCAGAAGACAGAGGCUGAAUCUGAAAGUAAUAGACCCCAAGAGUAUGAUCCAGAAAAGACUGAUGAAUCAUAUCGGCUUAUGUCUUCCAAUUCUCAAGAGCCUCUAGAAUUUGCAAUUUUGAAACGUGAUCUAGAAAAUAAACCUGCUCUUAAGACAGCUGAAUCAGUCAACAUCCCCAGUGAAGUUUUAGGAAUGACAUCAUUAGAUCUGAAAGAUGCAUUCCAUGAAAGUUAUACUCCUGUAAGUUAUCAAGGAACACCAACAGAUUCGUCUCAAAUAGUGACCUUCCAAACAGACUUGGUUCCCAUGAAUUUAACUCUACCUGAUAAAGCAGAGCAGAACUUGAAAGAAAUUAGUGCCUUGGAUGAAGCAGGAAAAUAUUCUGAUAUUGAGAGGGUAGAAAUAACUGGUGAUGGCAUAACAGCAGAGUGCUUGGAUGAAUCUGAGAAGGGUUUGGAACAUAACACAUCAGUUGCUAGUAUCCCAGUGAGAACAUGUGGUGAAAUUAAUAUACUAGAAGUAGCAGGCAGUGAAGCAACAGAAGGGGAAUCAAAGAAUACACAGAUAUUCUUUCCCGAAUCCUUUCUUCUUGGUGAUAACGAGGGCUUUGAAUCUAAUUCAAAUGAUCAUUUGAACAUAAUGAAAGAAUAUGAAGACUUAAUUGAGAAAGAUGUUCCUGUGUUUAAAGAAAUGCCCAGUGGCCAGUCACUAGUGGUGUACACUCCACCAUUCCAUAUGUCUUUUGAUGCUGAACCCUCUAGCAGCAGAUGUACAAGGGAUGAACUGUUGUUAAAGCAGCCAUUUUGUAACAAUGUUUCUUUUGAAAAGCCUUUACCAUUAACUCCUUUGGAAGGUAAUGAAGGCAUCCUAAUGACCAAAGAAAACAGCAUCGAAGAUCAGGUGUCUGACAUUUUACCAGAGAUCCUUCAGAAGAAUCAUGUGUCAGAACCUUCAUUCUUAGAGUCUCAAGUAGCUCUAGGAAUUUCUGAGGUUUUGAAAGAAGCAACUGAUCUCGACUCACCGCCAGGUGGAGAUAAAAGAUCACCUCCUGAAGCUGGCGCUACUUCUGUGCUUAGAAGAGAGAAUAAGCCAACAAACUCUUCUGAGAGCCCUGAACUGGAAAGUAUAGAGAGUAAGGAGGACAUGAGGAUGCAGGUUCACAGAGAUCCAACUUCAGUGGAGAUGGAUUACAUCCUUGUUACUGAGGAAGAAAAUAUGCCUUCAACAAAGGAAAGUGAUUUUGUGUUUCAAGACGCUGUUGUACCUGGACAAACAGAAUCUAAUGAAGGAUUUUCACAAAGCCCAUUGGAUACCUUUCAGUCAAUCUCCAUAAUAAAUAAAAGGGAAGACCAAUCUGCUUGUGGGGCUGAAUGGGACUUAGAUGAGAAAAGCUCUUCUGUUGUGCCUCAAAAACUGGAGGAUGAAAGGGAAUCAGGAGAAAGAUUUGGGCAAGAUGAGGGUUGGAUUAUAUUGUGCCAAAAUGAAGUCUGUGAUAUAUCAUCUGUGGAAAUUUCUGCUGAGUCAGAGAAGCCAAAAUUUGAGUCUGGACAUGGUGGCAAAAUAGCAGAAACUGCUGGAGGGCAGGAAUCAACUCUUGAAACUCAAGCAGAAUUUCAGGUGGGUGAUGCACGGGAAACAAAUAAUCAACAGGAGCUUGGGAAUAACACAUUCACAGAACAAGAACUGAAAGAAGAGGCAGUGCUUCUCAACAAUGAAAGAAAACUGAGUGAGAAAUCAGGGUUGGUACAAGAUAAUGUAGGAAUGGAUAUCUCCUUUGCUGAGGGUGUACUGAGCCCCAGCUCUACAGAUAUGAGGCCUGAACCUCCCAAUUCUCUUGAUCUUAAUGUUACCCAUCCCAGAAGGAUAAAGCUCACGGCUCCAAAUAUCAACCUUUCUUUGGAUGAGAGCGAAGGUUCUAUACUUUCUGAUGAUAAUUUGGAUACACCAGAUGAAAUUGAUAUCAAUGUGGAUGACCUUGACACUCCUGAUGAAGCAGACUCUCUUGAAUACACUGGACAAGGGUACUAUGGUGAUGGUCUGAAUGCUAUCAUUGUGUUUGCUGCGUGCUUCUUGCCAGACAGCAGCCGAACUGAUUACAACUAUGUCAUGGAAAAUCUUUUCCUGUGAGUAUUAUGUGUACAGUAUGACAGACUCUUCUCAAAAUUCUGUAUUGAGAAAUAACCUGUCUUUAAUUAAGAGGUAAUGUGAGUCAUUAGAA